AUGAAACAAUCGUCAUGUAUAAUGUUACCUAGACUAAUGCGUCGGUCGCUUUCCACGUCAUCAUAUCUACGAAAUAUCUCAUCAUCAACUACUUCAUUUGCACCCAACUAUGCAUUUCACAACUCAUUUCCAGAUACUUCUGGUAAAGAAGUAUUUUUAAAGACUAUAGCCGAAGCAGAUGACGAAACACAAGUGGUUAAAGUAUCUCAGAUUAUUGACCAUCCAACAACUACAACUACAGCCUCGAUCUCAAAACUCAAAUCACCAAAACCAAGAAAUAUUAUAAGUAUAGCUGAUUACUUUUCAGGUAACUCACAUCAUUUGCAUCAUGUAUUCUAUUCGAACCUAAUACAUGCAAAGACCAAAAAGGCAGCCAAAGUUGAGAACAAAAUGUUUAUUGAUUUAAGGAUUAUGAAGUUGACCAGUGGAGCUGGAGGUAAUGGAGCAGUUUCAUUUUUCCGUGAUAAUCUAACUACUUCUGGUCCUCCUGAUGGUGGUGACGGUGGAAGCGGGGGAAACAUCUAUAUCAAUGUUGUCGAUCGUAAUUUGAAUUCACUACAUUAUUUACAAAAGAGAUAUGUUGCCAAACUGGGUUCACCUGGUAAAGGAGGACAAUUGGAUGGUAAGAAUGGAGACGAUGUAAUUAUUGAUAUACCAUUGGGUACUGUUAUUCGCUGGAUUCCUGAUCCAACGAUAUUCAAGAAGCACGUGUCCAAAAAGGAAGGAGAUUCAUUAGAUGACGUGUAUAUGGAACUUGAAUUGGAUAUGAAUUAUGGUAAAGAUAAUAUUCAAUUGAAACGUCAUGCGUAUAAACCAGGUGAAGGAUGGAUUUUCAAAGAGCAUGAUGAGGAGUAUUACCAACUGCGAGAUUUUUUCCAAGAAUUGAAUGACAAAGUGACUAAGUAUGAUGAAGAAAUCGAAUUCGAAGAACAACAACAAGACCAAUUCCCUAUACUUGGUAUGGAUUGUGAUAAAGUCACGAAAAAGCCUUUGUUGCUUUUGCAUGGAGGUAAAGGAGGAUUGGGAAAUAUGCAUUUCUUAACUUCAAAUGUGCGUAAUCCACGAUUUUGUAAAAUUGGUCGGCCGGGAAUUACAGCUCAUUUCCUUCUUGAACUAAAGCUUAUAGCAGACUUAGGACUUGUUGGGUUACCAAAUGCUGGUAAGUCAAGUUUGCUACGUGCUAUAUCACGAGCCAAACCUAGAGUUGGACAUUGGGAAUUUACAACAUUACAACCAACUAUAGGUACAAUCCAACAUCGAAUUGACUCUGAUCCUUUUACAGUUGCUGAUAUUCCAGGGAUAAUUAAAGGUGCAUCGGAGAAUAAAGGUAUGGGAUUAGAUUUUCUUCGUCAUAUUGAACGAUCAGGUGGGUUGGUAUUUGUUGUUUCGUUAGAAUCUAAUGAUCCAGUUGAAGAUUUACAAAUUUUGAUUGAUGAAGUGGGUGAUAAACGAAUGAAGGAUAAGAAGGUAUUGGUUGUUGCCACGAAGGCUGAUUUGAGUAAUGAAGGUGAAAAUUAUCAAACUUUGAGACUGUUUAUAGAGGCUAGACACGGGUCAUGGAAGAUUGUUCCUGUUUGUGCACCUAAAGGAGAAAAUAUUGAUCGAUGUUUAGAGUUGAUGAGUGAAGUUGCUCGCAAGUGA